GCUUUUCUCUCUUCACUUGCAGCACUCUUCUGACACAAUGGACCAGCAGCCCCUUCCUCCUGAGAACCGGCGAAGAUCUUCAGUCUCCACCAUUGGCUGCAGUGAUGAGUCCCAGAUCAAUGGGACGCAACCCCACUCAGCCAACUCCUCCUUCAAAAGAGGCAACAGCAGCAAAAGUUUCCAUAACUUUGGGAGAAAUCACAGGAUCUCCUGCUACACGGGCCACCAGCCGAAAAACUUUAGAGGUAGUAGUUUAGAUAUGGAAAGUGUUACAGACCAUAGCUUUCUGGCAGAUAGCUACAGUCCUGGAUAUACAGACAUUUCCAAGUCAGGCUAUAGAAAUGACGGGUUAUUCGAGGUUAGCAUUAACAAGCUGCUCUUAGAACCCCUCUAUCUGGGAGUUGAUCCACAUGAUCAUCAAGUCAAAGUCCAUGAAAAGGAUCAAAUGAAAGACCUGAACACACAAUUUGCUAGCUUCAUUGACAAGGUCAGAAGCCUGGAGCAAAGAAACAAGAUGCUGGUAACCAAGUGGGAACUGCUGCAAAACCAGAAACUGCCAAUGGUUAAGAAAGAUUUGAGCAUUCUGUUCGAAAACUACAUCGCUAAUCUGAGGAAAAAAAAUGAUUAUAUAUUUAAUGAAAAGAAUAAGUUGGAAAACCAGCAGCGAAUAAUGCAGGAGCUGAUUGAGGAGUACCAAAACAAAUAUAAAGAGGAGAGUAGUAGAAAAGAACACUUAGAGAAUGAGUUUGUCCUGCUCAAGCAGAAAGUAGAUAAUGAAUUUAAACAACAGAAGGAACUGGAACUGAAGAGGGAGUUGUUGAUGGAGAAUAAGGAGUUCCUGAAAUAUUUUUUUAUGGAGGAACGUGCUGUAUUGCACUGCCAUCCCUCUGAGACAGCUGUGGUGCUCAAUAUGGACAACAGCAGAGACUUGGACAUGGACAUCCUCAUCAAGAACAUUGAUUGUUGGUAUCAGAACGUUGCCCAAAGAAGCAAGGAAGAAGCUAACCUUUUUUAUCAAAACCAGAUUGAGGAUCUUCAGAACAAAAAAUGCCAGUGCAACGAAAGCCUGCAAAAAACCAAUAGUGAAAUUACCGAGUUGAACCGGGUCAUCCAUCUGAUGCAGUGCAAAGUUGAUGCUGAGAAGAAAAAGACGGCUGCUUUGCAAAUAGGCAUUGGGGAUGUUGAACAUAAAGGAGACCGUGCGAUGAAAGAUGCCCGAGCAAAGCAAACAGACCUUCAGAACCGCAUACAGAAUUCCAAGGAUCAAUUGGCUGUCAUUUUACGGGAUUACCAGGAUCUCAUGAAUACCAAAUUGGCCCUGGAUAUUGAGAUUGCAACGUACAAAACAAUGCUGGAAGGAGAAGAGAACAGGAUACGCAGAGGAGGAACUGUGAGGAUGGCACUCACAAAUUCUACUUAUCCACAGCAUAACAUGAAUCAUUAAAAUGAAGCAACACCAAUCACUGAAUGCAUAUAUGGAAUCUGAUUGCUGCUGCCAUGUGAAACUCCAGUGAAGAAGUUGCAUCUAAUCAGCUGACUGCCAGAGAAUUUGUGGAACCUGGGUUCCACAAAUGCAAUUAAUACAAAAAGGAGCUGGGGCUUCACUAUAAAUUAAUCACAUGAAACAAUGGUUUUAUUUGAAUAUCAUGAUAAGAUUAGUCUUAGUCUCCUUUCAGGCUCAAGUAUCCCUUUCAACUGCAUCCAGUUUUGGUCACCAUAAUACAAAAAAAAUAUUGAGACUCUAGGAAAAAAUGCAGAGAAGAGCAACAAAGAUGAUUAGGGGACUGGAGGCUAAAAUUUAUGAAGAAUGGUUGCAGAAACUGGGAAUGUAUAGUCUAUUAAAGAGAAGAAUUAGGGGGUGACAUAUUUAAGUCAUAUUUAAGGGGCUGUCACAAAGAAGAAGGGGGUGGGUGUCAACACAUUCUCCAAAGCACCUGAAGGCAGGACAGGAAGUAACAUAUUGGAAACUUAUUAAGGAGAAAUCCAACUUAGAACUAAGGAAAAAAUUCCGAACAGUAAGAAUGAGUAAUCAGUGGAAUGGCUUGCCUUCAGAAGUUAUGGGUGCUUCAUCACUGGAGAUUUUUUUAAGAAGUGAUUGGAGAGCCAUUUGUCUGGGUGUCUACAGGGGGUAGGGUCUACAGGGGGUUGGACUACAGGGGGUUGGACUAGAAGACCUCCAAGAUCAUGUCCAAUUCGUCUGUUAUUCUGUUCAUCUUGUCUCCUUUGCUGAUUGGAAGGCUUGGGUUCCACUUUUUAUGAGUGGCAACAAACUAUAGUUAACUAUGGUUGUCUCAAAACUGUCAAAUUUAAAGUACUAUUUAUAAAGCUGGUUUGUUUUCACUGUCAUUUCUACGAAUUUUAAAUUUUCACAUUAUGUUCCACUGUAGACUUUAUCUGUGAAGUAGACAUAUCCUUAAAAAAAUAUGGGUUGCUGGUAGGCUAACGGGCUCUAUCUUAAUAUUCACCAAUAGAAAGCAGUCUUCUGGGGCAAUAUUGUGACCUGUUUCAAUAAUGGACAGAGAUGGGUCAGUAGGGAGAAGUCAACUCCAUCACCUUUUUGUGCAGUGCCAGGAUGCAUACAAAAGUUGGACUUCUAGAGUUUUGGUUGUGCAGACCAACCUGUUUUCUUGAAACAAAGCCAUUAACCAUCACUAUCUCUGUGUGGGACUCAUCAUGAGUAUGGGUUAAAAUGCUCCCCCCUCCUCCUGGUUGGGACUGGUGAAUGGCAAAGAACAAAUUAGUCAAUUCAUCACUGCAUUUUUCUCAUGCUCAGUUGACAUAAUGAUAAUGGAUCAGCAAUAAUAUAAAAAAAGGUCAGGUGAAGAGGCUUCUCAUUUCUCCCCAUUUCCUCCCAUCUUCUAUAAAGCCUAGUGUU